AUGAUCAUCGAAAGCUUUCUCGCUCUUCUCUUCUUUCCAUGUCCUCGUCUUCGACUGCCCCUGCCUCCACACCCUUCGCCUCCUCACCGCUGUCAGUCGAGCCGUCCGCCCCCGCCGCCGCCGCAAAGCCCGGGGCCGAGACCAACACCGCCCGUGACGCCGGCGACGCCGCAUCCAUGCCCAGGGACCGGGGCUGUGCGGCAUCGGAGCCGGGCAGGCGAGCUCGGACCAGCAGCAGGCACCUUAGUGGUGUCGAGCUCUCCAAAGGCAUCCGACGUCACGGUGGGCGCGUCGGCUCCACUCUGGAUGUUUCCCCCAUCCGAGUAUCGGUCGGGUCACGCCGGUCCUUGGGCAUUGCUGCGGCGUCGCCGCCAUCGAGGUGAGCAGUGGAUUAAGAGGAGACAUAGGAUUUACUGGCAGAAGGUAAAAAGUGCCUCAAGCAAAACAAAGCAGGAACAAGCUAAACCUCCAGGCACACAGUCCACAGCGAGAAGCUGCACAAACACACACAAAACACAAGCCCGAAAAGAACCAGCACUGCUGGCACCCAGACGCGGCAGCGCCAGCCCAAGCGCGACUCAGCCGCGCAGACAAGCAGCCUAA